UGGUGGUGAUAAUGGCAGUGAUGAUGGUCUGGGUAGUGGUGGUGGUAAUGGCAGUGAUGAUGGUCUGAGUAGUGGUGGUGAUAAUGUCAGUGAUGAUGGUCUGGGUAGUGGUGGCGGUAAUGGCAGUGAUGCUGGUCUGGGCGGUAGUGGUGGUAAUGGCAGAGAUGAUGGUCCUGGUAGUGGUGGUGGUAAUGGCAGUGAUGAUGGUCUGGAUGUUAGUGGUGGUAAUGACAGAGAUGAUGGUCUGGGCAGUGGUGGUAGUAAUGGCAGAGAUGAUGGUCUGGGCAGUGGUGGUGGUAAUGGCAGAGUUGAUGGUCUGGGCAGUGGUGGUAAUGGCAGUGAUGAUGGUCUGGGCAGUGGUGGUGGUAAUGGCAGUGUUAUGGUCUUGGUAGUGGUGGUUGGUGGUGGUAAUGACAGUGAUGAUGGUCUGGGCAGUGGUGGUGGUAAUGGCAGUGAUGAUGGUCUGGGUAGUGGUGGUGGUAAUGGCAGUGAUGGUGGUCUGGGCAGUGGUGGUGAUAAUGGCAGUGAUGAUGGUCUGGGUAGUGGUGGCGGUAAUGGCAGUGAUGCUGGUCUGGGCGAUGAUGGUCCUGGUAGUGGUGGUUGUAAUGGCAGUGAUGAUGGUCUGGAUGUUAGUGGUGGUAGUGACAGAGAUGAUGGUCUGGGCAGUGGUGGUAAUAAUGGCAGAGAUGAUGGUCUGGGUAGUGGUGAUGGUAAUGGCAGUGAUGAUUAUCUGGGCAGUGGUGGUAAUGGCAUUGGUGAUGGUCUGGGCAGUGGUGGUAAUGCCAGCGAUGAUGAUCUGGACAGUGGUGGUGGUAAUGGCAGUGAUGAUGAUCUGGGCAGUGGUGAUGGUAAUGACAGUGAUGAUGAUCUGUGCGGCAGUGAAACUUGA